CGAACGCCACUCGUACUCUUUACUCUGCUCAACAAAAAAUCUCGAGACUGGAUUUAUUCCGCUCAAGCGAUGUCGCUCUCGAACUCCAAACACCAUCUCAUUCUGGAGACAAGUGCUUAGGAACUUCAACGUCCGUUGGAUCUAGACCAAAUCCUGUACUCUCAGCCUGGAGUUCACCCUCAAAACCGUCGUCGAUGGCGGACACUUCUUCGCAUGCAUCGUUCUCAUCGCUCCCCUCCGAGAUCCUCCAUCAAAUCCUCAACCACCUGACCAUUGCCAGCAUUUUGAGGUUCGGGAGAACGUCCAAGAAGCACCAUUCGGCCUCGGCCCUCGCUUUACAAGAACUCGAACUGGCUGUCCUACCUAAACGUGUUCACGGCGUCUUGGCCUUCCUCCACAGCGCCGACGUCAACGACCCGAGCUACGCUUCCGGCUUCGAGGGCCAGGACUCGCUCGGUCGGAACCAGAUCAUCAUCACGUCUCAUAUCCCCAUCCCGGUGAUGCGGCACAACAGGCACGAAAUCCGGGGACCAACUCCCGCCCAGUACCGAGACGAACUGAUCCAGUUGCAGAACGCUCUGGCGUAUUCCGCCCUCGUCUCGUCCGCGCUGGUCAAUCUGCAAUCGUUGACGUUGCACAUGUACGACCUCGUAUCGGCCCCCUUGACGGAUCUCCUGGCCACUCGAUUUCUCAAGCUCCGCCAUCUCCAUCUGAACUUUAAACACCACUACCUCCACGACACAUGUCUCCCGGCGGGGUACUGGGAGUACUCGGUCUUGUUGCGUGGGCAUCCGGCGUGGAAUGCGCUGGCCGGUCUGGGCCAGAGACACGAGUCAAAGCUGAAACUCCACAAGUUGGAGAGCCUAAGUCUCGAGAGAGCUGGCAUCACCGACGCACAAUUGAAAAAAUGGAUCGUGCAGAAUCCAGGAUUGAGAGACUUGAAGCUGGUCAACUGUCUCGGUGCGAAUUCCUUGUUCGUCCAAUGGCUAGGCGAGUACUACAGCGAUGACGCCGACAGGAGUCCUCGUCCGACAACAAAAUUGAAACACUUGGCCAUCGAAGAGUGUUCGUAUCUAUCCUUUGGCACUGCGGAAGCAUACAGUUGGCUAGAUCCGCUGUUAGUCCCCAGCGUCGGUGCACAAAACGCCAAAGAUACACUUAACAACGACAGCGACUCCUCCUGCGCCGCCGCGCCACCCUUGAAAACAUUCUCGCUGCGCAAAUGCCCGUCCAUCUCGACAUUCGCAUUGCUGGAAUAUCUCAACGAGAAACGCCCGCCACUUGAUCGGAUCGGCCUACCCAAUGGACGCGUCCUAGUUCGAGACACCGUCUCCAGGCCUUCAGAGUACCCGCCCCUCGAAAGCUGGCCUGCCUCAAUGACAUUAAACACCAUCAAGACCACCAUCGAUACUAUGGAACCAUACUCCUCAACUGGCCCCAUGUUUUCGUACUUUCGCGAAAGCUUGUCCGAGUACAAAGAGGUUGGCGGACACUGUUACGAAGGACCAAUCCAUAUAGAACACAUCGAGCCCGAUCCUACGCUGUGAACCCUCACAAUUUACAUUUGGACACAUCUGAUCCUGUACUCGCAUACGAUGACCUUCAUUUGCGAAAGCUGACUACUCUUGAAUGGUUUCUUAUUGAGCUACUCGAGGUGCGCCAAUUGCACAAUGCUGACGCCAAUUUACACCUCGACAACAAGUUUUUCCAGACUCACACCACCCAUCAAUUCAUCUAGACCUUUGUUCAGAGA